AUGAUAUUAUGGCUUACUUAUGGACAUUGGCAGAUCCAUGGUAGAACCCUCUACAUCGGCUGCCUACCUAACGACAGGACAUUUCCAAUCACCAAAAAACUUUCCGAUAAAUGUUCAACAGGUGUGAACGGUCGUGAACAGAACAAAGGUCAUGAUGUUCCCGGCAGCGUCUUCUCCAAGCCUUCGGAGCACAACGAGACCCAUCCAACGAUGCCGCCGAUGCCGUACAACGCCAGCCGCCCGGACUGCAAUGGCACCAAGGGCAAUGAAACCCACCCACCCGCCGCUUUGCCGGGCAAGGGCCACGGCCGCGGUCUGCUGGGGAAGAGUGGCAAGGGUGGCAAGGACGACUUCUCCAAGCCUUCGGAGCACAACGGGACCCAUCCAAAAAUGCCGCCGAUGCCGUACAACGCCAGCCGCCCGGACUGCAAUGGCACCAAGGGCAAUGAAACCCACCCACCCGCCGCUUUGUCGGGCAAGGGCCACGGCCGCGGUCUGCUGGGGAAGAGUGGCAAGGGCGGCAAGGACGACUUCUCCAAGCCUUCGGAGCACAACGAGACCCAUCCAACAAUGCCGCCGAUGCCGUACAACGCCAGCCGCCCGGACUGCAAUGGCACCAAGGGCAAUGAAACCCACCCGCCCGCCACUUUGCCGGGCAAGGGCCACGGCCGCGGUCUGCUGGGGAAGAGUGGCAAGGGCGGCAAGGACGACUUCUCCAAGCCUUCGGAGCACAACGGGACCCAUCCAACAAUGCCGCCGAUGCCGUACAACGCCAGCCGCCCGGACUGCAAUGGCACCAAGGGCAAUGAAACCCACCCGCCCGCCACUUUGCCGGGCAAGGGCCACGGCCGCGGUCUGCUGGGGAAGAGUGGCAAGGGCGGCAAGGACGACUUCUCCAAGCCUUCGGAGCACAACGGGACCCAUCCAACAAUGCCGCCGAUGCCGUACAACGCCAGCCGCCCGGACUGCAAUGGCACCAAGGGCAAUGAAACCCACCCGCCCGCCGCUUUGCCGGCCAAGGGUCACGGCCGCGGUCUGCUGGGGAAGAGUGGCAAGGGCGGCAAGGACGACUUCUCCAAGCCUUCAGGGCACAACGAGACCCAUCCAACCAUGCCGCCGAUGCCGUACAACGCCAGCCGCCCGGACUGCAAUGGCACCAAGGGCAACGAAACCCACCCACCCGCCACUUUUCCAAGUCAUGGAGGUCGGAAGCUGCUUCGUCAGAUAUUACCAAAUCAACGUUAA